CUCCUGUUGUGUUUGCUCUGUCCCUCCUCCCCCUCUUUCAGAGACCUCAUUAAGGUGCUCAAGUGGUAUGUGGACCGCAUCAUAGAUGCUGAACAUCAGGACCAUUUCCAGCAGGUCCUCAAGGCGACAGAGUACAUCUUCAAGUACAUCAUCCAGUCGCGGCGACUCUUCUCCUUGGCAACGGGCGGCCAGAGCGAGGAAGAGUUUCGCUGUUGCAUGCGAGAGCUCUUCUACUCCAUCCGCUUCUUCCUGUCGCAGGAAAGCAAGGGAUCCACGCCCGUCGCACACACACAGGCUGUGUUCCUGCGCACUUUCCCGGCCGUGUAUGGCGAGCUGCUGAAGCUCUUCUCCAUGAGGGAGGUGGCCACGUUCGUGCACGACACGCUGGGGAGCCUGGCCACCACACCCAAACCAGACUGCCCCCUUGAGGCCGUCAAGCUGCAGUGCAUCGCCAAGACAGUGGAGAGCCAGCUCUACACCAAUCCUGAGUCGAGGUGUAUUCUACUACCUGUGGUGCUGAGGCUUCUCCAGGCCCACAUGCAGGAGCAGAGAGAGCUGGUCAUGUGCGCUCGCAUCCUCACCAGCAUGCUGUCACUCAUCACGAAGGAGGACACGGACACAACUCUGUCUGAGGAGGUGGAUCUGAUCGUGGAGAAGCUGUUGGCGGUGCUCCUGAUGACCAUCCUGGAGAUCACCAACCGACCUCAACCUUCUGGUAACACACUCCGCCUGCAGUUCCAGGACGUGACGGGGGAGUUUGUAGCGUGUCUCCUGGCUCUGCUGCGACAGAUGAGUGAUAAGCACUACGAUAAGCUGCUGCAACGCUUCACCAGCAAAGACGACCUGAGGGAUUUCCUGCUGCAGAUCUUCACCGUUUUCCGGAUCCUGAUCCGACCGGAGAUGUUCCCAAAAGACUGGACAGUAAUGCGGCUGGUCACCAACAACGUCAUCAUCACCACAGUCCUCUAUCUCUCAGAUGCUCUAAGAAAGGACUUUCUCAAUGACAAGUUUGACUAUAAGGUGUGGGACUCCUACUUCUAUCUGUCUGUCAUCUUCAUCAACCAGCCCUGUCUGCAACUGGAGACCUUCUCUCCAUCCAAGAGGAAGAAAGUGCUGGAGAAGUAUGGAGACAUGAGGGUGAUGAUGGGCUGUGAGAUCUUCAGCAUGUGGCAGAAUUUAGGGGAGCACAAGUUGAACUUCAUCCCGGCGAUGAUCGGCCCGUUCCUGGAGGUGACCCUGGUGCCCCAGCCUGACCUGCGGAACGUCAUGAUUCCCAUCUUUCACGACAUGAUGGACUGGGAGCAGCGCCGCAGCGGGAACUUCAAACAGGUGGAGGCCAAGCUGAUUGAUAAGCUGGACAGCCUGAUGUCGGAGGGCAAGGGGGAUGAGACGUACCGCGAGCUCUUCAACAGCAUAAUCCCUCUCUUUGGUCCGUACCCUAGUCUCCUGAAGAAGAUCGAGAGGGAGACUUGGAGGGAGAGUGGCAUCUCUCUUAUCGCCACAGUUACGAGGCUCAUGGAGAGACUGCUUGACUACAGGGACUGCAUGAAGCUUGGCGAAGUGGACGGCAAGAAGAUUGGAUGCACUGUCAGCCUUCUGAACUUCUACAAGACGGAGCUGAACAAAGAGGAGAUGUACAUCCGCUACAUCCACAAGCUGUACGACCUGCACCUGAAGGCCCAGAACUACACAGAGGCCUCGUACACCCUGCUUCUGUAUGACGAGCUGCUGGAGUGGUCAGAGCGCCCCCUACGGGAGUUCCUCAACUACCCCAUGCAGACGGAGUGGCAGCGCAAGGAGUACCUGCACCUCACCAUCGUGGAGAACUUCGACAGAGGAAAGAGCUGGGAGAAUGGGAUCCUUUUAUGCAGAGAGCUUGCCGAUCAGUAUGAAGCAUACUACGACUACAGAAACUUGAGCAAAAUGAGGAUGAAGGAGGCCUCCCUAUAUGAUAAGAUUAUGGACCAGCAGCGGCUGGAGCCUGAGUUCUUUAGAGUUGGCUUUUAUGGGAAGAAGUUCCCCUUCUUCCUGAGGAAUAAGGAGUUUGUGUGCCGUGGCCAUGACUACGAGCGCCUGGAGGCAUUUCAGCAACGCAUGCUCAACGAGUUCCCUCAUGCCAUCGCCAUGCAGCAUGCCAAUCAGCCCGACCAGACCAUCUACCAGGCCGAAGCCCAGUACCUGCAGAUCUACGCAGUCACGCCCAUCCCCGAGAGCCAGGAUGUGCUGCAGAGGGACGGCGUCCCCGACAACAUCAAGAGCUUCUACAAGGUCAACCACAUCUGGAGGUUCCGCUAUGACCGGCCCUUCCACAAGGGCACCAAGGACAAGGAGAAUGAGUUCAAGAGCCUGUGGGUGGAGCGCACCACCCUGACCCUGGUGCAGAGUCUGCCGGGCAUCUCACGCUGGUUUGAGGUGGAGAAGAAGGAUCUGGUGGAGGUGAGCCCCCUGGAGAACGCCAUCGAGGUGAUUGAGAACAAGAACCUGCAGCUGCGGACACUCAUCACCCAGUGCCAGACCCGACAGAUGCAGAACAUCAACCCACUCACCAUGUGCCUCAACGGGGUCAUCGACGCCGCCGUCAACGGGGGCCUAGCACGCUACCAGGAGGCGUUCUUCGUGAAAGAUUACAUCGUGAAUCACCCAGAAGACGGGGAUAAGAUUGGGCGACUGCGAGAGCUCAUGUUUGAACAGGCCCACAUCCUGGAGUUUGGCCUGGCCGUGCACGAGAAAUUUGUCCCCCAGGACAUGCGGCCCCUGCACAAGAAGCUGGUGGAUCAGUUCCACCUCAUGAAGUCCAGCCUGGGCAUUCAGGAGUUCCCUGCAUAUGUUCGUGCCAGUCCCAUCCAUUUCACCAACGGAAGCCCGCGCACCUGUCGGAACUCCGCCCCCAACAUCAUGUGCCCAGAAGGAGGUCGAGUGGUGGCACGACGCAGCCCUCUUACCUACCCGGCAGUGAACAGAUACUCGUCAUCGUCGCUUUCCUCGCAGGCCUCCAACGAGGUGAGCAACAUCACGGGCCAAUCAGAGAGCUCCGAUGAAGUCUUCAACAUGCAGCCAAGCCCAUCUACCUCGAGCCUAAGCUCCAAUCACUCUGCGUCUCCUAACGUGACCAGCUCCGCGCCGUCCAGUGCCAGAGGUUCCCCCCAGCUGCCAGACAAACACAAGCACUCACGGGAGAACGCCUGCCUCUCGCCCCGAGACAGACCAUGCAGCGCCAUCUACCCCAAUCCCCUGGACCCCACACAGAGGAUGAACGCACACCAGAUGGGGGAUUCCACGCUGCCUCGUAGUGAGCCCAACAUCUCCACCCCUGACAAAGUGGUCAGGCCUGCCGCAAGUAGCUGGAGUCUUGACUGUGCUAAAGAGGCCAACACACUGCCGCCAACUCCUGACAGGUUCUUAGGUCCCCCUAUCCCUCCUAGGCCACCGUACACAGUGGGCUCUCCUGCCAAGAACACAAGAUCACAGUCCCCCAUCCCAACGUUACGCUCUCCACAAAAGCUCAGCGCCUCCCUUCACCCCUCGCCCACUGAGUGCCAGUCGACUGGCCUGGUGUCCAUCCCGGCGCUGUCCGGCAGCUACAGCAGUGGCAUCUCCUCCCUGAGCCGUUGCAGUGUCUCGGAAGCUUCCGGAACCGAGGGCCCCCCACCGGACCGGGCUCGGUUCGAGCAGCGGUCACGGCGACGCCGGCCCACUCCAGCCCCCCAGCACCCUGCUGUCAAACUGGCCUCCAGCGGUCUGGACGAGCUGGGUCCGCGCCGCGACAGCAAGACCCCGCCUCCGUACAGCGUCUUCGAGCGCUCCAACUCCCGCCGGCCCGUGCCCCUCCCCCACAGCCUCUCCGUGCCCCAGGUGGACCCGCCAGCACUGCCCCCCAAGCCUCACCAGAUGCGCUGUGCCAAGCCAGACGCCGACCCUCGGCGGCCCCCCAUCGAACCCCCCCGUCCGCGGGCCCUGCCCAGAAAGGUAUCCCAGCUCUAGGGGGGGCAUUUGGGAGGAAAGAAAAGAUCAAAUAGUUGCCAUUUUUUUGCACUUUCGAGAAAAAAAGUUCAUGGAUCUAAACUUGUUCCCUGAAGGUCACCUGAUAAAACUGGACCCAUGGAGAAGUACACACAUUUAGAACACGAAGCGCAACGGAACCGUAGUGAUCAGGCUGUACAAUUCUGCACUUUCAGCUUGAGGACAGCAGCACCAUGCAAAAACGUCAAAACCACACUCAGUUUUUAUUUUUUAUUAUUAGGGCAGUCAAAAACCAAGAAGAAAAA